CGCGUCCCCCGCUUCCGGCGGCGGCGGGGCCUGGGGCUCCCCCUGCGGGCGGCUGUGCGGCGGGCGCCGGCCGGCCCGCGGGCUGGGGGGUGGGCUGUGGCGGGGGGAUGGGCCGGGCCCCGGCGGGUGCGGACGCGUGUGCGGAGGAGGGCUCGGGAAGGUUUGGCGGCUGAGACUCCGCUGCUCGGAGCUGCGCCGGCUUCCCUGCCCCGUCUCCGGUCGCCCCCCGACUCGGGGGCUUGAGCCUGAGAGCGUCCCGGGCCGGGCCUUCCAGCCCCGAAGCAGCCCACCCAGAGACCCCCGGACUCCGAUCGCGAGGUCGGAGGCUCCGGGGAAGUUCUUCGGACCUUCGAGAAGAACUCGAGGACUUGCGGCUGCCCGACCCGAGCCUAGCGUGGCAGGUAGGCCCUGGGAGUGGGGCCCGGGGCGAAGACUCCACGCCUGGAGCCCUCAUCCCCCGCACCCCCUAGGGUAGCGCCGAGGCUUGGGCAGCAUGACGACGGAGACCUUCGUGAAGGAUAUCAAGCCCGGGCUCAAGAAUCUGAACCUCAUCUUCAUUGUGCUGGAGACAGGCCGAGUGACCAAGACAAAGGACGGGCACGAGGUUCGGACCUGCAAAGUGGCAGACAAAACAGGCAGCAUCAAUAUCUCUGUCUGGGACGACGUGGGCAACCUGAUCCAGCCUGGAGACAUUAUUCGGCUCACCAAAGGGUACGCUUCAGUGUUCAAAGGCUGUCUCACACUAUACACUGGACGUGGCGGUGACCUUCAGAAGAUUGGAGAAUUCUGUAUGGUUUAUUCUGAGGUUCCUAACUUCAGUGAGCCAAACCCAGAGUACAGCGCCCAGCAGGCACCCAACAAGACGGUGCAGAACGACAGCAGCCCCACAGCUCCGCAGCCUGCCACAGGACCACCUGCCGUCUCUCCAGCCUCUGAGAACCAGAACGGGAAUGGACUGAGUGCCCCACCAGGUCCUGGUGGUGGCCCACACCCACCUCACGUACCCUCGCACCCCCCCAGCACCCGAAUUACCCGAAGCCAGCCCAACCACACACCUGCCGGCCCUCCUGGCCCCUCCAGCAACCCUGUCAGUAACGGCAAAGAAACCCGGAGGAGCAGCAAGAGAUAGCAAGACGUUCUUCGUCCCUUCCCACCACCCACCAUAACCCAGGUGUCUCCUGGAGAACACAGCCUCCUACUAGGCUGCUGGCUUUUGGGGGGUGGGGUGGGGUGGCUGGGUAGGUAGCAGUAUUUUAGUCACUAAAUUUCAUUGCAGGGGUAGGGAGCUGAGGCCUUUAGCCACCCUAAGCCCAUACUCCCUGCCUUGCCCAGCUGAAGCUGCCUAUCCCCUGGGAUUGAAGGCCCUUUGCCUGCCCUCCUUCCUUUUAGAAACCACAGUCACAGUCUGUUUCCAAUGUGUGUGAUGUGGGAGUUGAAUUGAACCCCUCCUUCCUAAUAAACGUUACCACUCUGUG